GACGGUACUGUAGGUUUCGGGCGGUGUUUGGAAAAUCUCGUGAGGACAGAAAUGAUUUAAAUGUAAAUUUGUAAAUGUAAUCGGGUAAUCCAGUGUAUAAAAUAAUCGCGUUAUUUUCUGAAGGGAGUCCUUUAUUGUGGCGGUUAGCUGUGUAUGCUCCAGCCUGUGUGUUCGAGCUACUUCCUGUACACGUCGCUCUUACGGCGCUGCACUGACCGGUCAGGAGUGUGAAAAAGGACCACGAAUUAUGGAAACUUUAAUCGGUUUGCCGUUUGCUGUGUUAGAAUGUCCAAAUAUCAAGCUGAAAAAGCCGUCCUGGCUGCACAUGCCCUCUGCUAUGACCGUGUAUGCUGUGGUGAUUGUGUCCUACUUUCUCAUCACGGGGGGUAUAAUCUAUGAUGUUAUUGUUGAGCCACCCAGUGUGGGUUCAAUGACUGAUGAACACGGUCACCAGAGACCUGUGGCAUUUUUGGCUUACAGGGUGAACGGGCAGUAUAUUAUGGAGGGUCUGGCAUCCAGUUUCCUCUUCACUAUGGGUGGUCUCGGCUUCAUCAUUCUGGACCGCUCCAAUGCCCCAAAUAUUCCUAAACUUAACCGCUUCCUGCUACUCUUCAUUGGCUUUGUGAGUGUACUGCUGAGCUUCUUCAUGGCCCGAGUGUUCAUGAGGAUGAAGCUGCCUGGUUAUCUCAUGGGUUAAAUCUGCACAAGGCCUUUUUGAGGCAGACACCACAGGCAGAGACAGAAGGAUGACUCCAUAUUCACAGAAAAUGACCCUUCCGGAUCAGUGUGUUUAUUUUGUGUGUAUGUGUGUGUGUGUGUGUGUGUGUGUGUGUGAGAGAGAGAGAGAGAGAAAUGGAAAAGUGUGUCUUGUCCCUAUGCCUAAGGGUUUAAGGUUGCAGGGUUAAUCUUCAUUAUAUUUUGUGUAAAAUGUGCACAUCUUGAUCUGGAAGGAAACACUGCUAAGUAAUCAAAAUUGGUUUACAUACGGAGUCAGUUAUGUGCAAGUGUUGUAGAAAGCUAGAAAAGGGUUUAAAUCUGGCCUGUGUGGGGUGGGUUUUUCUAAAUAAAGUUAAAAUAAAAGCUCUUUAUACAACUCCAA